AUGCGGAAAGAUGGACAAAGCGACGGGAUCCGGGUAUCAACUGUCAACCUCAUGGAAUCUAUGGAACGGGACGUGACGGAUUUGGAUAGAAAUUUGGUGAGACUCGGUAAUAACUUAAACAGCGCGUUUCUGGAUGGUAAUAAAAAUGAUGUUCAGGUCAAAGUUGAUUGGAUUGGCACUGUUUUUCCAAAAGCUGCGGUGUUCAGAGGAUAUGAUGAAUUAAUAUGGAAAGAUUUCCUGAUUGCCGUUUUCAAAAAUCCUUUAAGCGGUAGACUUGAGAGUUUGAUGCUGGAUCGGUUUGGUGUAACAAUGCUAAAGGCUUUGGAUAUAUCACACGAAUCGAGGUUUUAUCCGGCAAUUGAGAAUCUUGCUCCUAAACAUAAGAAUUCAAGGGUCAGAAAAUGUAUCGCGGUGUCACUUUUGCAGAAAUAUGUCGAUUUACCUGCUGAAGCCAUCGAGAUUUUGAACCCUGACAUGAAAUACGACUACGAUCCGACUGUAGCGGGUGACCUAGCGAGCAGUUGUCAGCUUUUUUCCAAUUGCUCUCCUGGAGAGCUGGGUGAAAGUUUUGCCAAUUAUGGACUUCUACAGAAUAGAUUUGUGAAUUCUAUCUUACUGGACGUAGUUUACGAAAAUGUGCCCGAGACCAUCGAUCGCAGUAAUGAGUUAGUUUUCCAUCUGGGAGAACAACUGGAGCACUUAUUCAAUCCGCUCAUUGAGUAUUCUCCUGAACAGACUGAAUAUGUGUAUAAAGCGCCUGCGGACGAGGAGAAACAUUUCGGAAAAGACACUUUUUUGAUGAACGCCAUUUGUGAGGAACUUUUGGAGCUUCAAACGAGUUUCACUCUUUCCCUAGUACAAUUUCUACAGAACUUCCUCAUCCCACUUCGCAUUGAAAUCUCUAAUGGAGAAAUAGAGGGCUUAUCAAUACCCAAGUUGAAUCGGUUGUUCCCACCAACCAUCGAUGAAGUAACGAGAAUAAAUUGCAUCUUUUUGGAUGCACUCAAAACGGCGUCUGAGUUUGGAGCUUUAGAAACUCUUAAAGCAUGCAGUGUCACGAUUCCUUAUUUUUAUAAGGCCUAUACUAGGCACGAAGCUGCCACUAAAAACUUCUCUAAAGAUAUCAAGCUGUUCAUGUCCAAAUUUGCGAGCAGGAUUCCAAGUAAGGACACAUAUACAGAACUGAAAAUUGAAAGUCUGGUGCGAGGGCCUCAAGAGAAGCUUUUAAAAAUCAAACUCAUAAUCGACAGACUCUGGGAAAAAGGUGACUGGAAUUGUCCUGAAGAAAUUGAAAGUUACUAUACCAACAUUGUCGAUGUUAUUGACUCAUUUGGGAAGUUAGAUGGUCCUCUAAGUGCUUAUAGCACCAGAGUCUUUACACCUUCGGGCAAAAUUUUAACCGAGUUGGCUAAGGGUUGGCCCUCGGAACUACAACGUAAAUGGCUCAAAAGGCGAGUCGUUGGUGUUUUUGAUGUCCUGGAUGCUAAUGAUCAAUCAGUAAGAAAUAUUUUGGUAAUAUUCAGCGAUUUUAUCGUGGUAUUAAAUAUUGUUGAGAGCACGGCAUAUUACGGUUCCGAAAUCAACAAAUUACCCAUCUCGGAUAUCCUAAUGAACUCUUUGAUAAAUGAACAACCUUUGCCUCCCAAAGUUCCUGAGUUACAAGUUGCAUUCCAUUCCUACAUAGACGACGUCACUGCCUCCACCUACGGCUCAAAGCACUUGAGACUAGACGUAUUUUCUGGUGAAAAUUCCAACUGUUUUGCAUAUGUGCCUCUAUCGAAUGUAACGCCUUUCAAGCUCGUUGAUCUGGUUAACAAGGCAAAAGUUUUAGAAAAGAGUACAGCCUUCCAUUUAUUCAAAUUCUCUCAAGACAAGCUCAAAAUGUAUUCCACUGUCCACGAGCUCAGUGCAUACACUAGCGAGCACAUCAAAUGUCCAUUUGCCCUAUUCCUUAAUAUUCCGGCGUCUCCGGUUGUACUGCAAAAGCACAAUUUGAAAGUCGCCAUGUUUGCUUCCUUCGACGAGAACCGCGCAGUGAACCUGGUCACUUUAACCGCAGAGGGAGAGACAAAUAAGACUCUCACUGCUAUCGCAAGUUUGCCUGAAGAGGUCGUUAAGACUAUAAAACAAUAUUACAACAAAUAUCUUUAUUCGCUCUGGUCGUCGAACGCUGAUAGUCUAUUGCAUGUCAAUCAAAACCUCGUCAAAAAAAUAGGCAAACAUUCAGCGGCUGACGAAGCGGGCUCGGAAAAUGAAAAGCUCAUUUCGGCAAGGGAAUUUGAACCAGGACACCAUCUCACCCGCUCCUACGGUACAAUUACUACGUUUAGAAGCGCUGUCAGCGACAUGAAAGAGCGCGAAGAAAAGGAAGUCCCAAAAAUGAUCCCAUCUAAUCCAAAGGCAUCGAUGUCACAGGUGAUCAAAACAUCUAGCGUCGUGAAGGCAAAGCAAAGCCAGCCAAUCCUGAACACUGGGAGCAAACCCUCAGUAAGAGAAGUAACGCGGAGGAAAAAGUAUUCUAUUUUCUCAAAAUUAGCUAGGAUGCUUCGUGGCGGCCUGCAGACGAAAGAAAAGACAGUUGAAAGUUCGAGAUCUGGCAAUGGAAAAAUCGGUUUUGCGGGCAAUGGUUUUUCCAAAGAUGCCCAAACAAAUUCCAGGUCGCAGCGACCGCUUAAGAAUAAAAACACCAGCCAGGGAAGGCCGUCCGGAAAUUCCAAGGAAGUUUUGAGUCUUAAUACCGAGAAUCAUACUUCUCAUCCAUUUCACGAGCUUUCGGACAAGAAACAAGAACAAAACCAAUCUCUUUCUGUCGAGGGAAAACGACCAACGAGUCUAUCACCGGGUGUGACAACUUUCCCGCCUCAUAAGGAUCAGAAUAUAAAGAAGACAGCUGACAAACUAGAAAGUCCGUUGUCGAGAAAAGUAAGAGCUGGGUCCAAUAAAUCCAGCUUACGUUCUUCGACCAGAAAAUCGCAAUCCGAGGCAAAAGAAGAUUCGGAAAGACUGCUAGCAGAGAAGCGGCGCGAGAGUCAAUUAUUCAAUGACGACCUCUAUGGUGAGGUGCUCAAAAAUGAAUCUCUAGAGCAAGAACACUAUGACAAAAGCCAAGAUUCGGAUGUUUUGGAAAAUGAAAAACCAGAGACAGAGAAUGAGCAAUCUGGGGCUAACACCCUGUCUGGGAAAGAGGUUUUGCAGCCGACUGUGAAAUCCUCCGACGAAAUUUCUGCAAUUUCGAGAAUGGAUGUACAUGAUAAAAAUGUUGUAGAAGCCGGUGCGGUCCAGACAGUGAGUGAGGAUACUCAAGAAGCGUUCAAGCUGCCAGAAUUUCCUCAGCAAUUUUUAAGUAAGUCAGCAUCGUUUCGAGACUUGUUUGACAGCAUGAGGACAGUUCUAGAUGCGAACGAUGAAUUUUCCAAUUGGCGCCGCUUAUCUAGCGAGGCGUCGUUGAGGAACAUAGAUGAAUUUCCUGACGAAGAAGAUGUAACGUCUCUCCAAAACCGCGAUGUUCUAAACUCGUCUUUUGAUGGGGCCACCAACGCAAUUCAAAAAACAGGACACUCGGGAGCCUCGAAUCCGAACGUCCGGGAUGCCUCUCGUCGAAAGCUUGAUUUUCCAAUGGGCUUUUCAUCCCCAACCGCAACUAAAGGAAUUAUGGAACAGGACCCUUUCAUUCCUUCUGCUUUGUCGUCAGUGCAAGACGUAUCAAGUCCACAUAUCGACAGGCAAAUGGCAAACAACACACCAUCGAAUGAUUCAACAUAUGAGGAAGCUCUAAUGACAUACAGGGCCAAGAUUCAGGGAGAAAGUGCUGAGUCAAGUCUGAGCAAAUCAUUUUUGAAAAAUGAUUUUAAUAGGAGACUUGUAGAGCUCAGCUUCAAUUCUCAGGAACCUUUAAGUCGGCCAGCUUCUUUCGAUUCCGUCAAGCUCUAUUUACCAGCCAAGCAGCCAGAUUUCAAGGAAGCCAUCUCUUCGCAGCUUGAAGACUCAAAAAAUAUUGCAGCGGAGAAAGAUCUCCUUCAGAUCUCUGAGCGCCCCAAGUCUAACAAACUAAACUUUUCGUCUGACGGACGGCAGCCAAUACUGGAAGACCUCGAUUUUAGUUCUUUCCAUUUGACACUAGAUAAUAUCGAUGUUCCGCCCUCACCUGGUGCUCAAAGCGUCUCGCAAUCAAUGGAUGAACACAUGAUCACAGCUUUUACUAAUAGAGAGCCAAUUUUCUAUCGUCUUCCGAAACUUGAACCCUCGAGCGAUACUUUUUACUCUUGCGCAGACAAUGCUAAUGACGUUGAAGGAAGAAGAUUAUCGAUAAAAAAGGGAGAUGUUCGUGAAACAGACGAGCCAAUGUGGGUUUCUCCGAGUAAAAUUGACAUUUUCGAUCUCAGUAAGCAGCCGGACAACGUUUUCCAGCGCUUGAGCAUUUUGAAUAGAAACAAGCUAAAAAGAUACGCAGCAAACACGAAUCUGAGUCCGGAAGAACCAGAUUCGACAGUAGAAGAACUCGCCAUUUCAGCAGACUAUGCAUAUCUACAGGACCUUUUCAAAAAAUAA